GUAAAUACUACGGCAGCCAUAGCUACUGGCUGCAUUCUUCUUUUGCAGGAAGGUUUUACUUUUCCUCGAAAAUCAUUGCAUCACAAAAUGACAGCAAAGGAACAAGGCAUUGUAGAGAUCUUUGCUUCUUAUGGUUAUGGGAUCUAAAGAACGCUACUGGCGAAAAAUAGUCUUUGGAGUCUCGGAGAUGACUCCGGCACUGUAGAAAUUCCGCAAUCAGCUUGUAAGCUUGAACGCACUGUGUUUAGCUUGAUCAACAGUGAAAAUGGGCAUUCUAGACCUGGAAUUGAUGUUUGACUUGUUGGACACGGACAUGAGAGGGUAUUUAACCUCAAACCAACUUCAAGAUUUUCACGAAUCGUUGUACUUUACGCCGAUUGAUUCCCGGCAAAUAGAAGCCGCCAUUAGAACUGUCUGUGGUGAUGCUUCGCGCGGUCUUUGCCCGCGAGAGCACUUUACCAACGUUUUAAAUGAGCUAGAUCGGCGCAAAGCUCUGGAGGAGAAAAUCUACUGGGAUUUUAAGACAGUUGAUGUUGAAGGCAAGGGAAGGAUUUCCCUCAAAACUGCACUUUUACUUUUUAAAGCUGUCCACAACGAAUUGUUUUCAAUGAAAACUUGGCGUUCAUUUCUUGCUCAACGCGAGUACCCUGAGUCAGACGUGUGUUUUGACGAGAUCAAAAUGUUCUUGUGUAACCUGGUGGAUGGAGGUCCGUGCGAUAAAGAGGAAUUUGACGAGGAGGAGAAGGCUGUAAGCUUGCGAUGUGUUAAUAAUGAAUACGAAAAUCUGAAGGAAUUGGAGAAGUUACAGGAGGAUGAGGCCUUCCUGGCUGCUGAGGAAAGAGAGAGAAUGCACCAAGCAGACAAACUGAAACAGGAAGCUGAACGACGCACAAAGCGACUCGAUCAUGAGGGUGUUGUGGCACUGUUACAUGAGGAUGAAGAAUGGGAUGAGAAAGCAGGAAAGAAAGCCAGACAUAAAGUCACAGCAACUGAUCUAAUACAAGCUCUGCGAACAAAAUAUGAGAUCCUCCGUGACAAACUCCUUCUAGAGAUGUUGAGGCACUAUGUUGGAGAAGGCAUGUGGACAGUGCUCUCUGAAGAUGAACAACAGGAGCGUUUCAUGCAGCUUAAAAUGCGCGUUCAGCGAUUACGGAAGGAUGGCAAGUUGGAUGGCACCAACAGCUUGCCAGGAGCUGGACUUGUGUACUCUUCCAAUCUGCUAGCACUGAUGGGUUUUAGCCGAAUAGGAGAAGAAGUUCAAAGACUUGAAGAGUCUGAGCAAAUCAAGCAAAUGGGGAAGGAUGGCAAGACUAACAAGGAAAUAGAAGAAGAACUGUUAAGGUUACGGGAAGAAGCCAUGGAAGGUCAUUGCAAGAGUGAAGAACUUCUAAUGGACCUUGAGAAACGCUAUCGUCAGGACAAAGAAGUGAUAUCAUCUAAAUUGAAAGGUGCUAAUACCAAUACCAUGGCUACAGAAGAGAAGCUGACGGAAUACGGACUCAUGAUCAGAGAGCAGCUACGUGCCAGGGAAGAAGCAAAGUUCGACAGUGCAGCUUUGUCUGUUGGCAUUGCAGAACGACUGAAAGCACAGGUUCAAAGACCAAAGGAGGAUCGUAAACGCCAAGAGCAGUUAGGCAAGGAACGUCUGCAGCACAGAAAAGGCAGAAAGCUGCCAAGGAAUUGGAAGGGAGACGAGUUGAAUUUCAUUACAGCAGGAGAGGCUGGUCUGGUUGACGUGCUUGAGGAUACUGUCAGAGCCUUGGAGAGGAAGCACGCCAUGGAGCGUGAGCUGCUCAUUUACUUCCUGCAAGGCAGGGACAGUGUCCAGGCCCGCAGCGUAGCAAAGAAGCUCUCUGCAGAUGAACGAUCCAACCAGCUGCUUGUGUUAAGAACCCAGCAACAAGGCUGGCGAAAUCAAAGUUCAACUGAACGUUUAGUCAGCAAAGAGCGACAUUAUUCAGUUCUACAGGAGGCCGCUGGGCUGGUGGUAGAGGACAGGCGUGCAGAUUUGAGGGCGAUCCGGGGAACAUCUCCUGAUGAUUUGGAGGUAGCGGCAGACAUCAUGGCUGACCUCCAACAUCAACAAGAAGUGGAGAGUCAGAUGCUUCUUUCACUUCACAGUAAGGACAUUCAAGAACUGUUUCGUCUUCGGCAGCAGGAACAUACAUCAUGGCAGGAAGAACUAUUGGACGGAAUUUCAGCCGUGCUUCUUGGCACAGAGGAAAAUGUUUCCCAAGAGGACGAACUUCUGAAGGCGCUGGAAGACAAAUACGACGCGCUGAGAGACAAGCUGCUUCUUGAAGCUCUAGAGAAACAAAUGGGUGCAGCGGAAUGGGCCAGGCUUUCUGAGCAAGAAAGACAGGCGCGCCUUGCUAAGCUAAAACUGCAGGAGCGGCGAUUAAGACAACAAGGGAGGUUUGAUGAUGCCGCGGCUCUGCUAGGAGAGGGACUGAAAAACGCCGAGACAUUACAGGCGUUAUUGGGAGAAAACCGCCAGCGUUAUUUGGAGCGAUUGAAAGAACGCUUAGAAAGGCGCCAGAGACGGCAAGAAGAAGGAUUAGAUCCCGAUGAGGAAGAUGAAGAGACGCUGAGACUAUUGAAUGAAGAAGAAGCUGCCAGCACUGGGAACAUUCUGAGAGAUCUGCAAAACAGGUUUGAUGAAGAAAAGGACGCGUUGCUGCGGAGGCUACAGGAGGAGCAAGACAGACUUGCAGCAGAAAAGCGACGUCAAGCUGAACUUGCUCGUCUCAGACGCGAGAAACGACAAGCGGAAAGGGAGUCGAAGUUUGACGAAGCUGCAUUGGUGCUGGGGCUGGCAGAGAGGAACAGGCAGAACCUUGAAGAAAGGUUACGACGCGAUAGAGAGCGGCAAGAACAGCUCGCAAGAGAGCGGUUAGCACGGAGAAAGAGACGAGGAAAACCCGAAGAAGAGGAGGAUGAAGAUGAACCAGAUCCAGAAAAAGAUGACAUUCAAGGCUGGCAGGAUGCCGUGCUGAAAUCACUGGAGAAAAAACACCGUGCAGAGCAGGAAUUCUUGAUGGGCUUACUUCAAGACGAGAGCAGUCAGGGCAUGAGAGAAGAAGCCAGAGCUAUUAGCGAGGAUGACAGGCUAAAACGGCUCAGCGAGCUGAAAGGAAAGAGAGAAGAACUGGACUUGGGUGUUAAAGUUGAUCAGUUGCUCCACGUGGAUAUCCUUGACAUGGCUGCUGCGUACAAAUUUGAAGUUCACCGCUUCAGGUUGGUAAACGAGAAGGAAACAGACGUGAAUGACGAGGAGGUCACAGUCUCCAUCAUGGCUGAUUUACAAGAGGAGCAGGACAAGGAAAGCGAAGGAAUCCUGGCUCAGCUUCAGGAAAAGAGCCAAGCGGAGCUGUCCGCCUUGAAACAAAAACAGGAACAAGAGCGUAAAGACGAAGUCCUUGAGAACGUAGCUACAGUGUUGUUAGAGUAUGAUGGAACAGGCUCGGAUAAAGAAUUGGUCAAAGCUCUGGAUCAGAAAUAUGAUGCGCUUAAAGACAAGCUUCUACUGGAAGCUCUCAAGAAACAGCUUGGGGAUGCUGAAUGGGCGGCGUUGUCAGAACAGGAGCGACAGAAACGACUUGUCAAACUCAAGUUAGAGGAAAGACGAUUACGCAAAGAAGGCCAGCUAGACGAACUUCAUAGAUUACUGGGAGAAGGAUUUGAAAUGGACGCUAAUCUCAGGAAGCUCAUGGGCGAAAACAAGGCUAGAUACGAGGAGAAACUGAAGGAACGCUUAGCGAAACGAAGGGAACGCCUGGCUCAAGGUCUGCCUGUGGACGAUGAGGACGACGAGGACUUAGAAGAUGGCAUGGCGGAAGGAGAGGAAGUUACUGAUGUUAAAGCUAUUCUGGAAGAUUUGGACAAAAGGUACGAAGAAGAAAAGGAAGCGCUUAUGCGUAGGUUACAAGGUCAAGACGAGCGAUUCAUGAGUGAGAAACAGAGGCAAGCAGAACUGGCUCGACUGAAACGAGAAAAACUGAAAGCCAAACAGGAAGACAAAUUUACCACGGCCGCGCUAGUACUGGGGCUGGCGGAAAAGCAGAAAGCCGCUGUACAGGAAAGGCUUAAACAAGAUCGUCUGAGACAAGAACAACUGGCGCGUGAACGCCUAGCUCAGUUGCGCGACCGCAGAAAGGCCAAGGAACAAGAAGCCGAGGAUAAAUUGGUGACUGAUGGCGACAUGAGUGUUUUACAGGAGGCUGUGAUGAAAGCACUUGAACACAAACAUCAAGAUGAACGGCAGGCUUUACUUGACGUUCUGCAACAAGAACAACCAGAAUUAGCCGAGGCUGCGGCAACCAUGACCCAACAACAGCGAGAGAACUGGCUCCAGCAGCUUAGCAAUAAAAUGAAUGCUCUCGAUCCAGAGGACAAAGAAACUCGCCAGAACCUACUGCUGGAAGCAGCAGUUUUCAAGGUUGUUAACCGACAGAAGUAUCUCGAGAUAACUCAAGACGGAGAGCAAGCUGUGGAAAAAGAUGAUGUCAUUGUGUCCUUAUUAGCAGAUCUGCAGCAAGAGCAGGAUCAAGAAAGUGAAAAACUAGUCAACGAGAUGCAAGACAAGGAUAAAACAGAGCUUGUGCAGCUUCAAGAGAACCUCUUCCAGUCACGCAAAGAAGGCACCCAUCAGAACGUUGCCACAGUUGUAACGCAAGCUGAAAUCUGGGGCACGGCCAGCGAGCGUGAGCUGUCUCAAGCUCUGCACUACAAAUAUGACGCCCUGAAAGACAAGCUUUUGCGUGACGCUCUUGUACAGCAGGUUGGCGUGACUGAGUGGGCUGCACUUUCUGAGAAUGAUCGCUUCACUAGACUGGCUCAGAUGAAGUUGAAAGUACAUGCGUUACAGAAAGAAGGUAAACAUGACGAGUUACAACAGCUUUUGGGUCAAAUGACAGCUGUCAAUUUGAUGUCUCUAAUGGGCGACAACGGAGCCCAGCAGAAACAAAGACAGAAAGAACGACAACAGAAACGCGAGGAAAGAAAAGCUCAAGGAAUAUCAGAAGAGGAGAUCGCUAAACUAGAGGCUGAAGAGGAUGCUCAAGCAGAACAAGAGGCACUUCAAAAAUCUACAGGAAACACGCUUCAAGAUCUUGAGAAUCGCGUCAACAAUGAAUCAGAAGCGUUGUUAGCUGAUGUACGCGGAGCAGACAGCAAAUUUGAAAACGAACAACAUCGUCACGCGCAGCUGGCACGCAUGCGCCGUGAGGAGCGACAAGCUUUACAGGAGAGCACAUUCCAACCCUCUGCUCUGCUGCUGGGACUAGUGCAAGCUCGACAGAUAAACUUGGAGAGCAAUUCCAAACAAGAUCAAGAUCGUCAAAAGCAGUUGGCUCGGCAGAGGUUGGUCACGUGGCAGCAGAAGGACCACUCAGAAAUGGAUAAAGUUAAGGAAGAACUGAAAAACCUGGAGACUGGAACUAAGCCAGUGUCAGUCUCCAGUGAUAACAUUGGAGCAUUGCAGGAAGCGGUUUUAAAAGAAAUGGAACGCAAGCAUUUGUGCGAGAUGCUUGUUAUGGAACGUUUGAUCAGCGAAGAAAAAGAAAGUGACCUCAGAAAGGCCACAAAACAACUAAGCAAAGAGCAACAACAGGAAAGGCUCUUUGAGUUGAAGGAACUGAGAAAGCAGUGGCGAGAGUCUGGGCCAGAGGAAAUGACGGAGACCGCUGACGAGCAGGAAGCGAUAUUGCGGGAGGGCGUCGGAAUAAAGCUUGAACUAAGUCGUCAGGAAUUGGAACAGAAGGCUGUAGAGGAAGGAAAGGAACUGGGGUCGGAUGACAAUGCUGUGGCUCUAUUGGCUGCUCUUCAGCAGCAUCAGGAACAAGAAGCUGAAUAUCUGAUGCGAGACCUUGCUGUUAAGAAUCCUAUGGUACUCAAACAACUUCAAAGUGUCCAUACGAUGGCUUGCCGAGAGCGCUGGUACGACAACCUGGCUGCCUGUGUGCUAGGUCUAAAAAGGACGCAAGCUCGCUCUGCUGCCGAGGAGUCUCCAGAGCAGGAACUUGUAGAGGCUCUGGAACAGAAGUAUGACGCCCUGAAGGACAAACUACUGACAGAAGCGCUGAUGAAGCAGAUGGGAGACGCCGAGUGGGCGGCGCUAUCCGAGAGGGAGAGACAAGCCAAGUUACUGAAGCUUAAGCUGCAGGAGAGGAAGCUGAGACAGGAGGGAAAAUUAGACGAGGCUUCCAGGCUACUUGGCGAGGGAAUGAAACAUGACGCGGCCUUGCGAGCUUUAAUGGGCGAGUCCAAAGCGCAACAAAAACAGCGCUUGCAGGAACGACUCGAGCAGCUCCGCAAGUUAAAACAACAAGGAGGCGAAGUGGACGAAGGGCAGAUGGCUGCCCUGGAACAGGUGGAAGCUGAAGGCGUUGAUACAGUGGAUGCUGAAGUCUUAAAUCAACUGAUCGAGGAAACCAUCACUGAUACGGAAGAAGUCACAACGAGCACGCUACUGAAUGAUUUAUCAUCCCAAUUUGAAGAAGAAAAAGAAGCUCUCCUCAGAGCUCUCCGUGACCAAGACGAGAGAUUCGGUAACGAGAGGAAACGACAGUUGGAACUUGCGAAACUGAGACGAGAACAGCGAAGACUAAAACAGGAAGACAACUUUGAUACCGCGGCCAUUUUGCUUGGCUUAGCCAAACAAGAACGGGCCGCUAAGGAAGCGAGCUAUGAAAAGGACCGUGCUCGCCAAGAACAGUUAGCCCGUGAGCGUAUUGCGGCCAUGAAAGCUCGCAGAGCGGCCAAGAAGGAAAAAUCCGAGGAAGAAGCUCAGAAGGAGCUUGAAGAGAAACUGCUGAAGGAACAGGAAGAAGAUAACGAGGUUGACAAGAGGAACGCGCUGGAUAUGGAACAGGGAGGACUGGCACUACUACAGGAAGCUAUUUUGAAUGAAGUGGAGAAGAAGCACUCUUCAGAACAGGAGGCACUCACAGAUUUGCUGGCGAACGCUGAAGCGGAUCAGGAAGCUCUGGCCGCGGCGAGGUACUUAAGCGAAAGUGAACGACAAAACAGAGUGGAUGAUAUAGCUACCGAGAGGAAAGCCUGGAGAAUGGACGCGGUCAGGGACGCCAUGCAAGCGAUACCUGAUGAUCUACAAACAGAGGAAGAGAAGAAGUUGAACGCAACUCGCAUCGCCGAAAGCCGAGCGAAGCACAUGAAACUGCUCUCAGAUGCGCUGGUUCUUCAGAUAGAGAUGAAGCGAGCCCAGCUACUAUCAAACGGGGUUGACGAAGACAAACUCCAAGAAGAAAUCUCUGUACUUCUCAUGGCUGAUCUACAGGAAAAACAAACGACAGAAAGCAAUGCAGUGGGAAAUGUUUUAAGCGACAAGGACGAGACUGUGUUGGCGCGUGUCAGAACAGACCAGCGCAUGGCACGCCGGGAAGGAUGGAUGGACAACUUGGCGGCCACUUUAAUGGGUUCCCGUCCUAUGAGAAAAAGAAGCUCUACUAUGACGCCAUCUUCCACGAUGUCAAACCUGGCUGAAGGAGACGAAGAGGAAGUUCGGUUGGAGGAAGAACAAGAGACCAAGUUGGCAGAGAUGGAAGCUGAGAUGGAAAAAGAGAAAGAAGCUCGAAAGCUAGCAGGUGCCACGGAUGAAGAAAUACAGAAAGCACUGGAGUUGUUACAGAGACAACAUGAUGCCAAGAGAAAGGCGAUGGCGGACGCUGUGGAAAGGCAGCGCCAAAUGACGCGGCAGAGACUGGAAGCGAAGCGAAGGAAGCGAGAAGAACAACAAUACGAGGAAGACAUGGCUGCCUCUAUUGUGACAAUGGCGGAGAAACAAUUUGCGCUCAUCCGAGAGAAGACAAUGCUGAGGAGGGAAGGACAAAAAGACACUCUAAAUGAACGAUUGGCGCGUAGACGAGCGGAGCGAGAGAAGAAAAAAGCAGAGGAAGAAGAGGCUAGAAGAAAGCAAGAGGAGGAAGAGGAAUCCAGAAGAAAAGCUGAACAAGAAGCGAAGAAGAGAGAGGAACCCAAGAAAGCUGAGGACUGGCCGUUACCGGGUGGCUUUGCUAUGAAGCGAGAGAAGACUGUAAUAGACGUGGAAGUGUCCGAGGAGAAACACAGAGAAAUUGUUUCAUCUUUGCUCCGCGAACACACCAAUGUUGGAAUGAAGUUUGAACGCGAGAGAACUCGACAAGAGGAAAUGUUGCGAGCCCGUAAAGAACGGAAAAAGAACAAAAUUGAACAAAAGCAGGAAGAAGUGGCGACUAUUCUGGGCCUGGGAGAAAGACAGAAGACAUUUGUGGAGCAACAGAAGAAAGAAGAGCGCGAGCGUCAAAUCACGAUGGUUCGUGAGCGAAUCGCGCGUGUUCGCUAUGAGCGCACGAUGACAAUGCGAGAACCGAAGGACGAGAAAGCCCAGGGAUUCGAGAGUCUUCUGACAGAAGAGGAGAAGGCGGGACUCAGUGAAGAGGAAAAAAUGAAACGAAUAGCUGCAAAAAUGGAAGAGAAAUUCAAGAGUGAACAGCGCCGGGCGUCAACAGUUGCAGCGCUAGCUCCUCCGGGCCAAUCUCUGAGUGCCAGCUCAGCCGAGGCCUCGGAAGACGAAAACGCUCAUGCGGAACGCUCGUCCCAGAUCCUGGACGAAAAGAGCCGACAAAAGAAACUGAAAGAACGUAUGGCCUCGCGCAAGAGGGAAAGACGGAGAUCUGUCGCACCACCCCCCUCAGACGACGCUGGGGCCACGGGUGGGGCUGAUUAAUACAGGACCUGGUCGUAAUGCCUGGAUCGGCCCCUGCGGUGGCAAGACCACGACGCACCAGAAGACAACAUAUUUAUUUGUAGGAUUAUUUAUUGUUUUUAAGCCUAGUGUAAGCAUGCCAAGAAUGAACAUUCGUCUGAAUAGUUUUGUAAAUAGCUUUUUUUUUCAGUUAAAAAAGUUUAGAGACAUCCGUUAAGCAAAAUUCGUAUAUUCAAUUUCGUAUUGGCCGCUUUUGAAAGGAUAAAAGCGUUGUAGACUGAGGCCCAGUCCACACUACGCAGAAGAAAUUUCAAAACGUUGCUUUAUUUCUACGGUAGGCCUACCGUCCACACUAACCCGUCACCAAACGGAGCUUUUCCAAAUCGCUCUUCAAACCGGAGGAAUGUGAAAACGCCGGUUUUGCGUUUUAGCGUGGGGGAAAAAACAUUUUGAAAACGGAGCUAUUCGGAAACGAUUACAUCACGAUGAUGUGAUUUUAGUGACCGAGUUUUCUUCGAGCACGAAUUCAAAAUGAGCGAUGAUUGCUGCGUUUUCAAAUUUCUCUGGCAUAGUGUGGACGCCGGGGGCUUAAGGGUCUGGAUGGUGUUUAUUUGACAGCUGAGAACUGGCUUAAACUGUAACUGUCAGCUGACACAUGGAGUAACUUUGGAAAGUUGUUAUAAAAGCACUUAAGAGGUGACACAAACUUACAGAACACAAAUCGUAAAAUGUUUCUUGUUUUCAGACAGCAUUUUUUGUGAUAUUUAUGGUGUUGAAAAUGACGGAAUUAUUUUUGUAGUAAACGCAAUAAGCAUGAUUUUCUUAUUAAAAGCAAUUACUGUCA